CUCAUAGAACCUACGUGAUCGCGAUAAAAGUUAGUACCGUUAGCACGUCUCAGAAGGCAUCUGAUAAUAUCGAAUACGUGCUGCAUUCGUCUUAUUAAUGCAACGUGAGUCACGUAAGUGCGGCAACCAUCGCGCGCUUAUCAGGCAGCGGAGCGCGCUCUCAGACAAAAAUCUCGCUGGGGACAUCCAGUAUUCUUUUCCGCUUACUUAAGAUUCCCUCGACUAACGCAAACUCAAUCUUACGACAGUCGCCUCCGACAUCGAUCUCAGCUCAUAGGACUUCGCUCACGACUGAUCCCCCGCGCACCAUCCACAUUAAUCGCGCGCGUCGAGCGGUCGCUGGCAUAUAUUACGAGGAAAAAGUUUGCGCGGUGCAGUUUCCUUCGUAAACAAUUGCCGGUCUGUCGUUCGAGAUAGUCAGUUACGAAAGUACUAUUUGCGUAUGCGUUGCGGCGUUAACUUACGAAAGGAUGACGAGACUGCGGCAGUGCGCGAAAUGAAAUGGUUAUGCUUCAUUGACGGGACCGGCGGACUCGCUGCUUGCGCUAAUGGAGUGAUGUCAAUUGAACGAGGUAGCGCGCGACGAGUGCCGGUGUUGGGUAAACCGAGGCGGAGCGCAAAUAUUGGCGACGCUUGGGACAUUUGCACACAGCAUUAUGAAUUUCGAUUCGGCACUGAAUCCUUCGGCAGUGGGUCCUUCGUCGAUGAUUCGGGUCGACGAUGGAUUUUAAAUCGAUUAAGCGGACACGCCGCCCCGGAAACGAAAUGCGCUUCUUACGAGUCGCUAAACGUUCGCAGAAAGAAAAAAGAUGUCGUCUGACGAUGGAAGUUUUUAUCCCUCAAUUGGACUCUAUUUUUACUGGAAUGUAAAGAAAAAGUCGAUACCUCUCACGGGACGGUAACCAUUUAGGAUCAAACGUACACGACGAUUGAGUUUCUCGGUCGACUUCCGACGUAUUCUAAGUCGCAAAAGUUCGCGCGAAUCUACGAAAUACCUGGCAGUCUUAGAGCGCAGUUUCUUUUACACUCAAAACUUCGUUUAGAGGUGAAAUCCGCCUUAUGCAAUAAAGAAAAGCUCGAAGCAAUGGAAUUGAAAAGUUACGAAGGCGAACCGAUCAAGCGAUUUCGUCAUUGAAACCUUUUAAUUCUUUUCUAGUUAAUGUGGCCAUGUACCCGUAGCAAUUUGUCCGAGAAAUCGAUAAACACAAAGCUCCAUAAUCAAAAUUAAAUAGAAAAAGAUUCUUGUCUAGCUUUGCAGAUUAUUUGCGAAAAACUAGUAUUUCAAUUAAAAGUCAUUAAAAUCGUAAUUUAUUAAUUAGGAACAAAUUGACUGUAAAUUAGUUGAAAGUAUAAGGUUAAGUUUAUCAAUUUAAAAAAAUUAUCACAGAUCGACUGAUCUCUUUCGCAAGAUUGUAUCUCGAUUUUACGCAAUUUUCGAUUUUUCUGCUUUAAUAAAAUUUGUAUUAAACACUCAUUUAGAACCAGAAUGAGCAUUUAAACAGAAAAACCGGAAAUUGUGUAAAACUGAGAUACGACUUUGCGAAACAGAACAGUCGACAUACAAUUUUUCAAAUAAGAAUGUACGGUAUACACAUAUGUACAAUAUUAAAAUAUUUUUAGCAAGAUAAGGAAAGGUUUCUUUUGUUCAAUAUUUACGUAGCAUCUUGCUGUAGGAUAAAUAUUUGCUAAUCUACAUUGCGCUAAACGAUACAAACAGUUGAUGUUAGUCAAAGUUUCGAUCGCUGGUUAUGGACCGCAUCAAGUUGGGAGAAUAUUUGAACUAAUUAAUUUAAUUAAACAAUUACUUCAGUUUACCAUAAUUUAGCAACUGCAUAAAACACAUUAUUUGUAAAUUAUUUAAACGUUAAUGAAAUAGUUCGAAAUCUCGAGGUUAUGAAACAAAGGGUUACACAACCUGCUACAAACAGAUAACAAGAACAAGAUUAAUAAGUUUAUAAUUGCAUAAUAAAAAGAUGUUUUUCUUGGAGACUUAAAGUCUUUAGUAGUAC